AAACCAUCCAUUCAUUCACGAUAAAUCAGGAAUAUAUUACAAACCGCUUCUGUACCCGGUAUCCGCUUUCGAUAAGUUUGAGCCAACCAAACAGAUAACCAGAGAAGCAGAUUUUUCAUGGCACUCAGAAUGUGGGCUUCUUCAACCGCCAAUGCACUACGAAUUUCUUGCACUGCCAAGGCUUCACUCUCUCCGGCCUUUUCUCUCUCUAGAUGCUUCUCUACUGUUUUGGAUGGAUUGAAAUAUGCCUCAUCACAUGAAUGGGUGAAGCAUGAAGGCUCAGUGGCAACAAUUGGCAUCACUGACCAUGCUCAGGACCAUCUUGGAGAGGUUGUAUUUGUGGAGCUGCCAGAACCUGGUGGCUCAGUGUCUAAAGGUGGCAGCUUUGGAGCUGUGGAAAGUGUAAAGGCAACUAGUGAUGUUAAUUCCCCCAUUUCAGGCGAGAUUGUUGAAGUGAAUUCAAAGCUCAGUGAAACCCCUGGUUUGAUCAAUUCCAGCCCAUAUGAAGAUGGAUGGAUGAUCAAGGUGAAGCCCAGUAGCCCCUCAGAACUGGAAUCUUUAAUGGGACCAAAGGAGUACACGAAAUUCUGCGAGGAAGAAGAUGCUGCCCAUUAGAACUGGAAUGCGUCUGUGUUCUCUAGGACCAAUUGGUUGUGGCCCUGUUCUCAUGAAGAAGAAGAAUUUAGCCACUUUAUGUUGCUCUUAUGCUUACUACGUGUUUUCCUGUUGGUUAUGGAGGACUACAGGCAGCAAUCAGUUAACACUGUUCUUCCCCUCCCCAUUCUGUUCUGUGUCCUUUUUACUAGUUCUGAAAUCUUCAUGUAAUUAAAACCAUCGUCCUCUUCCUUCUGUUCCAUCUUUUCAAUCAUUCAGUGCUUCUCAUUUUACA